GUGUCCUUGAGCGGGCCGCCUCCGCCAAAUUAGGUUUUUUCGCCAUGUCGGGUAGGACUGCCCUGUUCGGAAGGCCUCAGCAAUCUCAAACACGACAUUUACUGCAAUUCAAAGCAGGGAAAAUGACGAUUGGUGACGAUAACUGGGUUCAUGCUGACCCUCGCAAGGGAUGGGUGUAUGUUUAUCAGUCCGGGGACGGAAAGUUACACUUCUGUUGGAUCGAUCGCAAGACGUUUCUUGUUGAAGAUAAUUUCGUCAUUAAUGCCAAACAGGCUGAGUUUCAAAAGAUUCCACAAUGUACAACGGGUAGAGUUUAUCUCCUUAAGUUCAAAGGUCCCAAACAUUUUUUCAUCUGGAUGCAAGAACCCAACGGAAAAAAUGAUAGUGACAUUUGUUCAAGAAUAAACGACUACAUUAGGUCUCCACCCGCACAAACUACAACACUCUCAAGUGACUGGCUUAGUCGUUUUGAAAGUCUUAACCAACUUUCUCACAGCGAUAUUCUGGCUUUGUUGUCGAUGGGGGUAGGGCUUGGAGGUGGAUUAACUUCGGAAUCUGAUAUAUCAUCUGCUCAAGCAAAUGCUGUGACAAUCGGGCGUCAUUUAAAUACGGGACACCUAGAUGAAUCUAAUGCAUCUACACCUGUCAUUGGGACUACUGCCACACCAUCUUCAGGAACUUCAUCCACUGGCGGUAACUCUCUACGCCCAUCUACAACCGAUAAACGACUUGAAGCUGGGAAAAUACAACUUCAGGACUUGAGAAAUAUCCUCUCAUCAAUCUCUACUGGAAUGCGGAGUUCAUCAAAUGAUGCAAAGGUAGAAUUAAACGAUGUCUUAAACGUAGAUAACUUACAUUCACUUUUGAAUAAGCCGGAUAUUCAAGAAAGAUUGUUGCCUCAUCUUCCUCCUCUGGAUCCUGAAUCAGCGAGUACAAAUGACUUGGAAAAUAUCACUGCAAACAUUCAGUCAUCUCAGUUCAAAACCACUUUGAAAUCCUUCUCAGCUGCUUUUCGAACAGGUGAACUCGCCCCUGUUUUGGCUCAAUUCAAUUUGGGUAUAAAAGCCGAUGAAGCUGCAAGACGAGGUGACCUGGUGGCGUUUUCAAAUGCACUCCAAGGAAAAACGACUGAUACAACCUCUCAACCCUCAAAUGACAGCGGUUCGAAUGUCACCCAAAGUACGACUUCUCAGGAAUCAUCAAAAGACAAGUCAGACCAUAAAAAGGAAGGAAAAACUAUUGCAGAUACUAAAGCUGAUAAAAAGGAUGAGUCUUUUGAUGACAAUAAAAUGGACACAGAUUGACCAAUGUCAAAGCUGUAUUAGCUAAAACUUUAUUACAUAUAUUCAUUACACUGCGUUAAAUCGACUGAUUGAGGUUGAUUAAAAUUAUAUAUAUAUAUUAGCAAGAAUAUUUUGGCAUGCUUACACUGACGAACAAAAACUCACUUUAACCUUAUCACUUGCAGAUUUGCUCUUUGACGUUUGUUUCUGCGUAUGUAUUCAGAGCAUCCAUGAAUUUUUCUGUCUUUUUUUACAAUAUUUACAAAAUUAGUUUUUGAAUAAAAAUAAAAUUGAAGGCUAAUGUCUGUAACUUAUUUGUUUUUUCCCUACUACUGGUAAUAAUAAUAAUAAUAAUAGCAUUAAAA